AGAAUAAAACAUCAGAAUAAAAAAUAACUGUAGAAAAAUACGUUUAUUAAGUGUUAUCAAAAGUGUUAAAAUCACUUUGUUAAUAAAUAAAAAAAUAAUAGAUUCUGUACGGCAACGAAUAUCGUGCGAUUAAUCAAUUGUGAAGAAGAAACCGAUUAAGAAUAAUCAACGACAUUUCUUGAUCUUUUCAGAGUCCAAGUGGCGACCAUUUUUUUCGAUACACAUUCGAAGCUGAUUUCUAAAAGUUUCCAUCACGAGCAAUAAUUUGAGGCGAUAUUCCUGUAAUUUCUUGGUGUAUUGCUGCUUUCAAUUCGUCAAUGGUUCGGGGAUGGUGUUGAAAAACCUUCGUUUUCAGGUAGCCCCAAAGGAAAAAGUCGCAUGGGGCAAGAUCGGGUGAACGCGCAGGCCACCCAACGUCUCCACGUAACGAGAUUUGCGUCGUAAUCACAGAUUCGUUACUUUUCAUAAAUGUUUCGAUAACGAAGGCACGAUGCUCGCCCGUCCAAUUCAUGACGACAACUGAAAUGGCAAGGCGCGAGCUACCAACCGACUACGCUAAGCUCCCCUUCUCUUCAGUGGUUCGGGGACAAUGGCGGUGCAAAAUAGUAAAGGUCGGUUAGUGAUAAUCUCUCACUUCUUAUAUUCAGUCAUAAUUCCAUAUAAGAUGAGAUUCGGUCACACAAUCGAAGACUCGCAGAAGAAAUAUCCAGAAAUCACAGACGAGAUUUUGGAUAAUCUGCAAAAAUGGGCGAAUGACCGAGGCCUUCCCAAUAUUCCCAAAGAACAAUUGGCGUUAUUUACGCACAGUUGUUACUUCGACAUAGAGGCUACGAGACGAUGCAUGAACGCUUACUACAGCAUACGAGCUACGACCCCGGAAUUGUUUAACAAUAGAGAUUCCAGCCUCGAGCAUUUGCAACACUCUUUGAGAAUCUUGGAAUUCGCGAUACUUCCCAAGCCUGAUCAAAAUGGUAACUGGAUAUUCAUUCACCGAUUGGUGGAUCCACGGCCAUCUCAAUACAUAUUCAACGAUAGCCUCAAGCUGCUGUUCAUGUCCUAUGACGCGAACCUUUAUACGAAUGGUUGUUCGGAGGGAUGUAUACUUAUUGUGGACAUGGCUAAAAUGCGAUUUGGUCACUUGAUCAAAUUGUCGAUAAACAACCUUCGCAAAAGCUUGGAGUAUGUUCAAGAAGGCAUGCCGAUGAGGCUUAAAGGGAUCUAUGUGGUGAACGCGAUCUGGUUCGUAGACAAGAUCAUUGCGCUUAUGAGACCAUUUAUGAAGCAAGAGCUAUUCGAAAUGAUUCACAUUUACUCGGGUGAUAUCUCCGACUUGUAUUCUCAUAUAUCGCCUGAAUGUCUGCCAAAGGACUAUGGUGGAGAAUUGGACUGUAUCGCAAACCUUCAUAAAGCACACUGUAUGAAAUUAGAUCAAUUGCGUAAUUAUUUCCGGGAGGAGGAAGCUCUGUUCCGCAAUUAUUCGCCUAAUAACGCCAGGGCAGCGACUAAACAAAUUAUACCAGAUGCUACCAAAAAUUUAAAAGAUUAGGUAUCAUAAUAGACAUACAUUACAUGUAAAAAAAAUAAUAUUAGUUAAUUGAUGUGUAAUGUAUAGAUGUAACAAAUAUUAUAGCAUAAAGUCACUUACUUUAUUUAUGUACAGUUAAACUAUUAAUGUACAGUUAAAUAAAAAUAUAAUUGCGUAAUGAU